AUGAAGUCAUCUGCUCGCACCCUCGAGGACCUCCCGUCGGAGCUCUUCAGGCAGAUAGCCGAGCUGCUUGAUAGGAAGUCCCUUGGCGUCUUGAGACAAGUGUCGAAAAGAACAAAUCUCGAGGUCACCGACGUCUGGCUGUACGACCGCCUAUUGCCCCUACAAAUCAAGUUCAGGAACAGCCCGGACAAAAGUGUAUACUUGCGCCCAUUCAAUUCAGGGGAGCCGCAGCACCGAGUCCGGGCAAAGGAGUACAAGGCCCUCCAGAGCUGUCGACGGCUGGUUCUCCAAUUCCCCUCAAGCCUCCGCUAUUAUCUGACGAUCCCCGAUAGCCCCCAUAAUCUGGCCGAUCGAUUGGAGCUGCCACAGAUGCGACCGCAUAGCCUCGUAUAUUUUGAAACCCCGGCCGGAAUACAGUCUGAAGAAUUAUUACCCUCGUAUUGCUUUGACUACACCUGCCCACUGGAACAAGCUCACCCAGCUGAUUGUCUGGCCGCCAGUGCUGUCCGAGGCCGAACUUAUGGUGAGGCAGCUGACGACUAUCAUCCUAGACAAUGCCCGCAACUCGAAGACUUUCGUUUGCUCUCCCGCACCGGCACCCGCAGAUACGGGGAUACCGGAGAGAUUCUCCGACACCUGGCGCAACUGACCCGCCCGCCUCCUCUCAAACGGUUCGAAGCCAACUGGGCCUAUCAUCGAUUCUCGAAAGAUCUGAAGGCUGUCCUCAGGCUGUACGGGAGUCGCUUGGAGAGUGUCACACUCCUGAUCGACUCCAAACUCGUAAAGGAAAGCUAUCCGGAGCAACUCUGGGCGCUCUGUCCGGCUGUGACACAGGUGGUCAAUUACCACAACAAUGACGUGGUUUUGGCUAGUCGAGGGCUUUAUGGGCGCGAGUUAGCAGGUGAAAGUGGCUAUCAUGUCUACCAAAGCUCAGACUGGGUCCGGCUAGACGGCUCGACAGCGUGGACGCGCAGUGACGUGACUAUGAGGUAUGGUGCUGAUUUCUUCGAUUUCUCUAUCAUGCGCGGUCAGUUUGGCUUGAACGACCCGACCACCUUCCUCUUGCUAAUAAAACUCAGAUCUAAACCAUAA